AGUCGAGCGAGCAACCUCGCUGUUCUUCGGUCGCGACUACGACGAGGACAAAGAGGGGCGGUACAGAGCAGAACAUGGCACUACGAUCACGGGCGCGGCCGCACAUCUCGCUCGAUGCGCAGCUGCAGCAGCUCACCCUCUUUUCGGACCUCGAUGCCGAGUCGGAGAAUCUCGAGCAGCUGGGGCCGAUCAUCAAGUCGCUCGACGAGGCCGGACAGAGCGAUGCCUUUCUCAGGCGGCUGCGCGACUUUGUCCGGGAAAAAGAAGAUGAGAUCGAGAGCGUGUGCAAUGCCAACCACACGGACUUUGUUUCUGCCGUGGACAAGCUGCUCAAGGUCCGGUCGGGAACAGUGAGCCUCAAGCACCGCAUCAGCGAGCUCAACGAGGAGGUCCAGGCUGGCGGGCAGAGCCUGAGCAGCAAGAAGCGGAGUCUGCUCGAGGCCAGGCGCGUCGCGCAGAACGUAGACGAGGCGAUCGAGACUCUGCAGCUCUGCCUCAGAGUGCUCGACAUGGCCAAUCGCGUCGACGGGCUCAUCGAGGGGAAAAAGUACUACUCGGCCCUCCGUUCGCUUGAAGAGCUCUCGACGGUGCACCUCAAGCCGGUGCUCCACCACGAAUUUGCCCGGCACAUGCUCGAAUCCGUCCCUGCGAUGCGUGAGCAGGUCCGGUCCGCCGUGCUGCGCGAGAUGAGGGAGUGGCUGUUCGAGGUACGAGAAAAGGGAAGAACGGUGGGCAAGCUGGCCCUCGAUGCCAUGGACGCUCGACAGAAGAAGUGGAAGGUCAAGAGCGGCAAGGACGCCAAUUUGAGCUUGGCAAAGGUCAAUAGCCCCAUAGAGCUUGUGGUCAACGAGCGUGUCGAGUACAACUUUGUCGACAAUGAGCAGGUGCGCAUUGACUUCAAGCCACUAUACCAGUGCAUACACAUCUACGAUGUCCUCGAUAUGCGGGAGCAGCUCCAGGCCAGCUACCAGGAGGACAGGAGGGCUCAGGCCAACCUCCUUCUCUCUCAAGGCCUCUCAUUUGACCCUACCAAUGCCACCUUCCCUUUGCUGCUGCAGGAAGUCGUCGGCUUCUUUCUCGUCGAACACCACGUCCUCCAGACGUCACCGCCAGGCUUCCGCUCCGAGCAGGAGGUCGACGAUCUGUGGGACAGCAUGUGCGAGCGAGUCGUCGACAUUGUCAGCGUCGGUCUGCGUGACUGUCGCGACACAAAGGUUUUUGUCUCGACAAAGGCCGUGGUGCAGACUUUCAUCAUGACCCUCGAGGGCUUUUCCUUCACAGUCACCAAGCUCAAUGCGCUCCUCCUCACCCUUUUUGAACGCUACGCACAGCUGCUCCGCGACCGCUUCUCACACGACUUCCAGCAGGCCGUGCGCGAGACAGAACAUCAGCCAAUGGUCGUCGAGAAUCAAGACGAACUGAGCAAGGUUCUCAAUGUAUGCUGGCUCAAGCCUGGAGACGCCGACCGAUUGCGAAGCAUGCCAUUCCCGCUCUCGCUUCCCUUUUCACAGACAUACCCGCUCUGCUGCAUGGACAUUCGCAAUCUUGUCGAUCAGUACUACACGUUUUCAGGCGGGUUCUCGCAGUAUCAUCGCGACAUUGAUGAUAUUCUCAAGAGGUCAUUAGACGAGCUGUUGAUCCAGCAAGUCAGCAGCAGUAUCCGGACCAGUUUUCAGAAGACGAAUAACCUGGCGCAGAUUGCGCAGAUUGUAGUCAACGCCGAACACUUCAAGCUGGCUUGUACCGAGCUUGAAGGCCUCUUGGCCGCGCUCAGGGCACCGCACCGAGGAGGUCGGCUGCGACUGGAUGCCUCGGGCCAUUUCACGACGACAUUAGACCUGGCACAGCAGCGAAUUGACAGCGCCAUUGCCUCGCGGCUAGUCGAGUUCUUUGGCAUGGCUGAGAUCGAUCUGACGCCGAAUCAGGUUCGAAGAGAGCCGGCAGAAUACCUCGGCGAGAUGCUGCAGUGGUUGACGACAAUGAUGGAGAGUGUCCUCUUGAUCCUGCCAAGGGAUAUCAAGAUGCUCCACUACCGCACUGCAUUUACCUACAUCGCGGACCAGCUCCUUAACGACAACGUGCUGAGCAAAGAGGACCCACAGAUCAACACCAACGGCCUCCGAACGCUCAUGACCGACGUGGCCUACCUCAUCGAUCACGCCAGGAAGCUCGAGCCAGGCAUGGAGUCGGCGUACAACGAGCUCAGGCAGACCAUUACAAUUCCCAUGAACGACGCGGUGUCGGAGUACGCAAUGACACCCAGCGUGAGGCAGCAAAAGUACCCAGAAGCCCAAGCUGUCAAGGUGGCGGGGAUCUUGGAGAAGAUGGCGCGAUAUCACAUGGCCAGGGGUCCUCAGGAGGCGGACCUUGCCGCGAGACGGAGCAAGGAAAAGGACACGGUGCUUCGGCUGGUAAGACGAUAGGGGUCUCUUCACUGGGCUUUUGAUCCCCGCUCGACCGUGGCGCUGUCGGCAAUCUCGGUGCACCGCACCCCUUGGCUGGCAUAUCUUUCGGCCGCAGUGUGAUUGUCGGUAGAAGAGCAAUACUACUAUACUCUUAAUGUCCCC